AUGGAACGGUUGCAUGUAUCAGCAGGUGGAUCGAGUCAGAAACGACCUUACAAUGAUGUAUUUGGUGUACAGAAUAAGACGCCAAUCAAUUCGAUGGAGACGCCCAGUUAUGAGGGAUACUACAGUGAUUCUGAUAGGAUAGUGAUACAUGAUAUGGACCAAUUUCUCAGAGAGAGUUCGGAUGAAGUAGAUUCGCUUUCAAACCAAGUCAAAGAUACUGUGGGAGAGAAAAUCGAGGACUUUGAGAAUGUUGAUUUGGAGAAGUUGGUGAUACCAGAUCUAGAUAGCAACAGCAGACUCAGGGAGUACAUUGCCAAGAUUCUGGUGCACAAGAGAGAAAGAGAAGGAGAAACGGGGGAAAUUGAAGCUGGCGAGAGAAAUUUCUAUCUAAACCAGUUCAUAAAGAGGUACAUGGCCUUGAUACGAUACUACAAUCCUGGAUUAUUAGUAUGGAGAAUCUACAUGAGAUGGUUUGAAGAAAAUCGGGAUAAUUCUGCCGGCAAAAUUGUGGAACUCGAUGAUGAUGGAGAUGAAGAAAUGUUAUCAGAUGAUGAGACGGAAAUUAUGGCUGAUCUUGCUAAAAAUGACGAUGCAAUGUCUAUAGAUAACGUAGUCUAA